CACGCGCGUCGCGAAGAAUAGCCGUUGAUAUAUCAUCUCUUUACGGCGCCCCGUGAAGACUCUCCGAGGCGACCGCGUUUCGAAAUAUCUUAUUUCCCCGCCGCGCCUGGAAUCUGUCUGGCGCGCUUAUGCCAGUUGGAUCUCCGGCUGUGCAUAGCGUCUUUGUGUGCCUCGGACGCUGGCGCUAGCGCAAAGGCCCUGAGCAUCGUGUAUGCUUGCCUAUACGGAAUACUUGAUCCGGCAUGCAUCGUGGACAACCUAAACAGCAGAACCGAAGAGUGUGUCCUGCCACACUUCUCGCGUAUUUCGGCAUCGGCGUCGUGGUGGUGAGUGGUUCCGCUGCCGUGAAAGAGACAGGUGAAGGUAUCUGUACAUCUGUGGGAAAUUUCUGCAACACCUCCAAAUGCUUGCCCAAUGCGAACGCCACGUCCUUUACGUGCAAGUGCGACACUGGACAACAACAAUAUUUCAAUGCCACCGCUCGGCGGUGCUAUCAUUUGCACUCUUGCUUGCACAACCAAUGUCUUCACUCAACGUGCGAGGACGGGGACGGAUACCGUGAAGCUAAGUGCAUACUUGAAGACGGCGCUGACCCUCAAGCAAUUCGUAAGCGCAUUUGCGUUGAUAGCGGGGGACGAGUGAAAGAACCUGAUGGUGAAGCCGAGUUCGAGUGCGUAUGUCCUCAACGGUCUCAACUACUCAGUGGAUCAUCUUGUCUUCCUGACAGAAACUGCACCCCGGAAGAAAUCAGCAAAUGUGCGGAAAGAGGGCGCCAAUGCGUUCUUCUGGGAGCAGAAGCGCAGUGCAAGUGCCCGGAUGACUCAAUCGAGCUUGCAGACAGGUGCUCCGAUAAAUGCACCAUCGAAAAACAAACUGAAUGCCGCACACCACUGAGCUCGUGUAUUGUGCGGGCUGGCAAGGAAACGUGUCGCUGUCUUCCUCCACUCCAGUGGAAUUCUACUUCCAGGCGUUGCAUACCAGCGAACGAAUUCAAAUACACCAUUCAGUUCAAAGUCCACCCAGAAGAACCAGAACAAGAAGGAACGUUGGCACAUUGCAACGACACAGCAUGGUUGGCGAAUGCACAUGAAGCUAUGAAAAACUUAUACGGGAAAUUGCUCACGAAGACUGCAGUGCACGAAUGUGGGGAGAUUGCGACUGUGAAGCUGACGUUUUUGGAGGAACCUAAUCGAUAUGUGCUUCGAAGGAUUCACCUUUGCGAAAUAAGAGCCAGUAGUAGCGGAUGCUUCUUCCCACCGUCCUUACGUAUCGUCAAAGGAAGCGUUUCAGGUCCAGACCCUGUUGACGUAUGCACCGAGUACUUCAGAGACGUCCACAAAAACACAAAUGGUUCCUAUUAUUGCACUGUUGAAGAAAAUGGACGCUAUACUCUUCGCUGCAAUGGUGGCGAUGUCGCUGACAAGAUUGCCAAGGUCGUUCUGGAAGUUCAGCACUGCCGAGGCACCAAGCAUCCUGAUAAAAGUAGCGCUUCAAUCUGGUAUGCAGCGAUCGGAAUAGUGAGCGUUGCUUUCUUUGCAAUAGCGCUGCUCUUACUCUGCACCUUCAAGCAACGUAUUUAUUUCUACUACCGUGUCUCCUCGGACGAGGUGCCAUCGGAUACUGUGAAGUAUCGAGCAUAGCUUGAGACAACAAUCAUAGGGAAGCCAAGAAGCAGGUGUCAGAGUGCAAGGCAAAAACAACGGAGUUGUUGCGGCGAUGAAGCAGCGACAGCCCAGCAUGCAUAUUCGACACUGCCCACUUGGCUGUGAUGUUUGAGUGUUGUACCUGCAUUAUUUAUGCAUAUAUAGUCAUCUCUGUCAUCUGUAAUUCGCGCAGCUCUGCAUAUCUAGUUCAGUGAGCAUUUCCAGUAGCAGGUCCCGACUACGGAGACAUUGGGCGAAAGAGAAAGCGAGCGAGAGUCAUCGUGUAAAUAUAUUUAAUGAAUCCAUAAUACUUGCGAAUACGCACUACAGACUACUAGCGGUUGUCCGGUGUCGUUCUGUUUGGUAAAUGCAUUAACUUCACGUGUAAAUAUAUGUCGUACUGCCAAAAAGGAAAGCACAAUAUAUGGUAGUUUUCCUGCCUUCAAGCCCUCAAAGGAGUACGCGAACACUGCCCAAAUAUUGUGAGUUUUCGGUCAUGUUCGAGUCCUACUCUUGUAGGGCAUUGUCAGUUUAGUGCUAGUCAGUAAAGAACCUGCUCAGGGCUCGUACUAGGGCCCAUUAUAGUUGGUUACAACAUAAGAACGAAUACAAGCUCCGCCGCUAGAACUGCGGCGCGCCUGCCAUACACCUGUGCAAGAGAGUCGUGCUAGGUGGUUUCCGUUCACACCUUUAGUACUUUUUGACUGCUAAUGUGAAUAUUACGCAUAUUAACGCAUACUAAAAGUCUGUCACACAUACCUAAGUUAUUACGUUUGGCCGAGAUUGGUGUUGGAAUGUUUCCUGAAAUUUGGCAAGACGCUGAAGUUUUCAAAUGAAAACCAGUCACACUAAGUUGUGUCUGUAUGGGAGAAUCGCCUACCUGAAAUACGCGAAAGUUGUUUGAUGUCAUAGAAAUGAGCAAAUGCGACUGGAUAGGGCGUCUAUGCAAAUUCUUUCCCGGUGAAACAGCGAUUGUUGCAGGAGCAGCUGAUUCAAUCUUUGGUUGUAGUCGACUAUAGUUGGCCAGCAGGAGCAGUAACAGGAGUUAGCUUCAUUAUUAAUCAAGUCAACAAAUGUACCUGGUUAGCCUUCGCGCGUUCUCAGAUCGUCUCCUGAGAAAUCGGGGAAGCGGUUAAAACGUAGUGGUUACAAAAGGGGACAGUUCCUACAGGGUGUGCCUAUAAAAUUUUUUCCGGCUGAAUUGGGGCAGGGGUUCACCCCCUCUUUAUGUAUGUUCGUGCGUGUGUUUGUAUGUGUGUGCACAUACAAACACAAACACACCCAUAGACACGUACAAAAUGUAAAGAUUUCUGGGAAGAUAGUGUUUGAAACCCCCCGACUGGCUACCCCCCCUCCCUCUAACUACCCCACUUAGCGCCGUGAAGAGAUAGGGCAGCUGUAGGUAUAAUUUUAAGAAAUUAUUCUAAUCGAUACAAUAGUUGCGAACCAUGUCCCGUUGCAUGCAGCAAACGCAUGCAUUACGCCUACCUUUUUAUUUUUGAAUGGUUUUUGGCCGAGGGUAACACUUGAGAGAAUCGUAUUUUGGUAGUCAGAUUCUCUAUUAGCCCCUUUAUAACUGCCACCUCACAAGGGGAAUCAUGCUAAGACAACCCAUACGAAAUGCACAAGAAUUAAGAUGAGCUGUGACGCGUGGGUGUAGGUGUUCGUUUUCUUUUAAUUCAUGAUUUUAUGUGUACUCAUUGAGAACAUCAAUCUACUGCUGUGGCCCCGCAGCUUGUUCCUGUAUCCGACAUUCCACUAGACCAAACUGAACUAGUAUCAAGCCCUCUUGAAGACACGGGUAGCAGGCUAAUACUCGCUAGUUACAAACCUAACAGUUCUGAGUAAUUGUUAACUUAAUAAAUAUCCUCAGACGAUGUUUAGUCACGAUGUUCAACAGAAGCAAUUGAUUGGUUUCAUUUUCCACGUGCUUAGUUCCUUCGUGUGUUGUGUGAUAUCUUACUAUGAGCAGCUCUUCUUAUUCAUUAGCUGUUUUGCAAAAUGUUAUAUUGUCAUAAAGCUGAUUCUAAUACAGCUUUAUUUUGUUUAUAAGUCGCGUUAUCAGUGAGAUGCAUGAGUGCGAGAUAUCAUCGCUAUUGAGCCAUCAUUAACAUGAAUAAGUCUUGUGUUGCGGAGGCUUUCUGACCAACUAAUGAAACAUGUUUGCAAAUGUUUGCAGGAGCCUCGUAGAUUGCUUGGAGUACGUAUAUAGGUUCCAUUUCGCCUCGUCGAACCCAAGCAUGACGGUCAAAUGGCGACCCAGCCAUGUUCUUUCAUUUUUUUACCUACACAAGGAAUUGCUUGAGUGUUAAGGUCUGGUUGUGUGGGCAAUAAAAUUGAAUUUAUUUUCACA